AUGGAUGUUCCCCUUCUCGACCGAUAUGCGUUCAGCCUUGAGCGCCGCGCCUACGACCACCGCCUUCCCGCGCACCUGACUUCUGGCCUCACUCUCCACACGGCGAAGCUGAAAGUCCUCAAGCCAGCCUCACAAGCAUGGCAUCGCACCUGCCCACCCGUUCAGCCCAGCCCAGCUGAGCUGAAUGGGAUCGGACCCCAGCCGUCGCACGUGUGCAUCUGGGUUGGCAUGCAGCCCAGCUGGGCCAUCAUGGCCACCCUCACCGGGCCCGACAGCACCGACGAUAACUCCGCCAAAUUGUUCCGCGGCUCGAUCGCUUCGCUGGAGGAGGAGCACCUCAGCAUCGUGUCGCACGACCCGCAGGCGCUCCGCGUGGUUGCCAAGGUCGCCGGCGAGUCCGUCCGGUUCUUCGUGCUCGCGAACCCAAGCAAUGCCACUGGCCUGUGCGAGGGCCACCACGUCUCCGUCGAGGCCAUUUUCCUCUUUCGGCCGUUCCUAGAUGAGCACGAACCCAACAAGAGGGGCCGUCGAACGGCGUGUCUCGAUAGGAUCCGGGAUUUUAUCAGGGCGGCGAAGUCUGCUCCUGACCGGGGAGCUGUAUCUGCUGUUGGUUUGGCCCUCACCAAAGAACCCGUUAUCAGCAAUGGAGAUGCAGAGGAAGCAGCUGGUGAAGGCGAAGAGGAGGUGAUGCAGCCAGCAAGCUCAGGAUGUGAAGCGCUCAUCGACCCUAGACUACUCCAGCCGCCUCCGCAGGCUGACAGAGUUGACCGACCAGUUCAACUCAUGCCAGCUGAGAAUCUUCAGACCCGCGGUGCUCUUGCAUCGCCGACAUCUCCUGCUGCUCUAGAGCACUUCCGAAAGAGCGUGAUUCCGGAACCUCCCCAGGGUAUCUUCUCACCGCCGCGCACUGCAGCUACUAGAGCUGCUCCCAUCGACAAGGCUCCAGCCACUCACCAUGAUGCUCUUCCAACUAUCGAGAAGAAGAAGCUCGACACUGUGGUAGAUGAAGCUGAACAAGUUCGUAAGCGGCCCCGGAUCCAACCACCGGCGAUCAUGGUUCCUUCCCAGACCGAAAAGGUAGAGGUUAGCCCAGUCUCAAGUUCAGCAACACUGAAGCGACCCGCCUCAGACCUGGUCACCAACCUCAUCAAUCUGGGCGAGCGACUAGAGCAGCGCGGCGCACUUUCUGUGCUGCAUCAAUGUACUGAGCUCUUUGAGGACCUGGAGAAAGAGCAAUAUUCAGAGUCUGCCAGCCUCUUGACUGCAGCCCUCCGCAUACCUUAUGGCGAUAUCACCAGGAAGAUGUGCGAGAAUCUGCAUGAUAAGCUCGAGAGACGCUCCGUGCAGAAAUUGUUCCCCAACGUCGUGGAGGAGACGAGUAUUGCAACUGGAGAGUUCUACUGGCUACUCCAGGGCCUACAGAUGCAGGGAGUCCAUUCCCUCGAGUACGAGAUGAUUGCGCCGUACGUCAUGGCCUUCUACAUCGAGCUCCACGGCCAUUUCAACGGCGAACCUCUCCCGCCCAUGAUCAAGAAACACGAACUCGAAAAGAUCACCACGCGUGCUCGAAGUCACGCACGUGCCUUGGUCAAUCCUGUUCGGCGAGCCCGUUCAGGCGGGAACGGCGAGGUGCUCUUGAGUAUUGAGAUGGAUGGCAACUGA